UGCCCUAUUCGUCCCUUCCGCGUAUAAAUCAAAUCCUUCUCUCCUUUAUUCAAUUCUUGUCUUUCUUUUCUUUACAACAAAAAGUUGAUAAAAAGCUUCCAAUUCUGAGAUGGAGCAACUUAGAGAAGAAGACCAAGUUUCCAUGACAAUAGAAAAUCCAGAAAUGUUACUUUCUUCCGAUUCUGAAGCCGAGUCGUCUUCUAAUCCUAGAUUGGAGCAUAACUUCAGGUUGUUCAAGACAAAUGGGAUGAUAAAAUUAGAGGAAAAUAACAAAGAACAUGGUUUAAUCAAGUCAGGGUUUAUUACUUGUAUGGGGCCAUUGGCAAAACAAGUUGAAGUUGUAGCCAUACACAAAAAUUCAUGUUCAACUCUAUUAGGGAAAGCAAGAUUGGAAGCUUUUCGCAUUUUCUCUGAAGCAGUGAGGGAAAAAUGCAAUGGAAAUGCCAAUAUCAAAUAUGCUUGGUUUGGUUCUUCUAAAGAGGAAAUUGGUAACAUUAUUUCUCAUGGAUUUUCUACAACUACAGAACCAAAAUCUGGAGAAUGUUUUGGCAUUGGUGUUUAUCUUUAUCCAGCAAAUUUCGAUGGGGUAUUAUCAGCAGUGGAAGAUGAGAAUGGAUUAAGGCAUAUGUUACUUUGCCGAGUAAUCUUAGGGAACACGGAAGAGAUUGCGGCUGGCUCCACACAAUCUCAGCCGACUUCUGAAGAAUUUGACUCUGGGGUUGAUAAUAUUGUGGCUCCUACAACAUACACUAUUUGGGCUUCCCACAUGAAUUCUCAUAUUUUCCCCAACUUUCUAGUCAGUUUCAGGUGUCCUAAUUACUUGUUAGGUUCUUCAAAAAUUAGGAAGGUCCCAUUGAAGCCCACUCCACGUAUAAAGUUUCCUGAUUUAUUGCGAGCGCUUUCCAAGUUUUUACAUCCUUCAAGAAUGGCUUCGAUCUCAAAAUACUAUGAAGAUUUUCAGAGAAGCAAGAUCACGAAAUUGGUACUCGUUCGGAAGCUGAGGCAAAUAGCUGGAGAUACGUCAUUAAGAGCUGUGAUGAAAUUGUAUCCACACAAGUAGGAUAUCGGAAACUAAGAGCUUGUUGCUUCGCUGCAAAGGAAUGUGAUUAGCAGCUAGCUACCAUGUUGUCGAAGUUUCAAGUGUGAAAAGAUUUUUCCAUAUUUUCUAAUUACAAGUCUUUAUUUGUAAAUUGUAUACAUAUUUCGACAACAAAAUUAUAUACGUAUUUGAUACUUA